AUGCAACCUCGUCGUGUCGUUCGAUUCCGCCAUCCAGUGAGAUAUGUCGUCGCUACCAUCCUCCUCUUAGCCUGGCUCUUCUACUGUCUUCCCAGCGUCCGCCACCACGACGACCUCUCCGUCCCUUCAUCUCCAAUUCCUCCGCCCGCGACCGACCAUGCCGCCUGCGACCUGGAUCUUGAUCGUCUGCGCUCCUACGGCUUCGACUCAUCCGUAGAGUAUGCCCGCUGGGAGAUCGUGGCCGUCCCCUCGUCCGACUUCCGCGGUUUCGACGAUACGCUGGCCGUACCCCUUCCGACCUGGCAGACCGUGAAAGUGGACGCUACAGAGGAGGCUCGCAGGGUCCUACCGCGAGAACAAUGUGCUCCGACCGUCUCCAUCAAGGUGCCGGUGCCGCCGCCGCGCGUGGAUGCCUCGCAUCUCGUUGUCGGCGUCGCGACCUCCCUGGAACGAUUGAAUGACUCGUUGGAAGCCUUUGCCGUCUGGGCCGGAGGCACCAAGUGUCGCAUCUUCGCCCUGGUCGACAACGUCUCCUCCAGCGAGAAGGCAAAGGUCUUGAAGCGAGCGACUGCGAUGGAGAUCGAUCUCACCAUCCUCCCCUCCUCCGAGGAACUCCUCGACCGAUACUUUUCCUUGACUCGGGUCUUGCUGCGGAACCGCGACGAGAAUACCCGCUGGGGCGUGAUCAUCGACGACGAUACCUUUUUCCCGUCUAUGGCCAACCUCGUCAAGAAGCUCGCUACCUACGACUCUUCUAAACCUUACUACAUUGGUGCUCCGACCGAGAACUUCGCGCAGAUGGGCACCUUCUCGUACAUGGCCUACGGAGGCGCAGGGGUCUUCCUGUCGAUGCCCUUGCUGGAGGAUAUUGAUCAGGUGUUUGACGACUGUUAUGAAUAUAAGGACAUGGGCGAUAAGCGGGUGGCUCGCUGUAUCUACCACCACACCAAUACAAAACUCACCUGGGACCGCGGGCUGUUCCAGCUGGACAUGCGCGACGACGUCUCCGGGUUCUUCGAGGCCGGCCGGCCCCUGCCUCUGUCUCUCCAUCACUGGAAGUCGUGGUUCGACGUCGACGUGGUCGCUAUGCACAAGGUCGCCGCCAUCUGCGGUGAUGACUGCCAACUGCGACGAUGGCGCAUCUCUAAGGACUCAUUCUUCGUGAACGGGUUCUCCGUCAUCAAAUACUCCGAACCGAUGGACGACAUGAUCUCCAUGGAGCAGACGUUCGACGAGAGUGACUGGGCCCGCGACGAGGGAUUCGCCUUUAGCCUCGGGCCGCUGCGUCCCAAGGACGCCGAUAAGGUUUCCUUCCGCAUGCGCAGCGCCGUGAACGAGGGCGGACGCGUGCGGCAGCUAUACGUGGAUGACCCGCCGCCGGAGUUGAAUCUCAAGCCACGGGUGUUGGAGGUUGUUUGGCGAUUUGCAUAG